ACAUCCCCAUCUUGAAAAUAUCGAGUUUCGUGAGAUUUGACUUCCGGGUUUUAUUUUCUCUCUCAUCGCCAUUCGAAGAAACAUCAAAUUUCUUUCUUUGCGAACAUGAUUUCGAGUUCGAAAAGUUGUUUUGAUGCUGGAAAUACGAAAUGGGUAGCUACCAUUCUGGCAGAUUACAAGUUGCACUGAAGAAAUAUCUCUUUCAAACAAGAAAAAUAUGGAAGAUAGCGAACUUGAUAGACUUGCUGCCCAAGAAUUGCUUCAGGAGGCAGGAAGGGGAAAAGAAAGAGCGUCAACUAUGGGAGCUUAUGGCUGGAAGAAGAGACAGACGAGCACCAACAAAGUAUUCUUGAAAAACACAUUGAGAGGGGUCAUCUCAGGCAACAGACACCGAUCAAGUUCUCGUGUGGAGAAGCGACUCAAAGAUAGUUUAAAGAGAACAGAGUUGGAUGUUGAGUGUAAAGAGGAGAAUAAAUUGCAAAUGCAUCACAGGGGGUUAUACUGUGAGCGGCUAGAAGAAGCCUCGCAAGAGAAGAACAAAACGACACUAGAUCAUUCCUCGAGAAAGGAUGAUCCUCAUUCACGGAAAGCUCAUAGCGAGAGAACAUCGACAACUGGUGUAAAGGAAAAGAAUCCCAGAUGUCAGAGAGGAGUUUCAAAUCUGAAUUCUCCAUCUUCACAUGCCAAAGGAAAAGACUGAACAAAUCUGGAAAGUUGUGCUGAGAAAUGUCGAAAACUGGUAUAAAGUGAAACGAUCCUAUAUGCCAGAGAAGAAUUUUCUUCAUGUUCACUUCGCAAAGGAAAAGAUCGAAGAAUCUUGAAUCUUAUGGCAAGAAAACAUAAAAAACUGGUUUAGAGGAAAACAAUCUGAGAUGCAAAAGAAGAGUUUCUACUGUAAAUUUUUCAUGUUCAUAUUCCAAGGAAAAGACUGAAGAAUCUUGAAUCUCGUGGUGAGAAAUGAUGAAAACUGGUAUAGAGUAAAAUAAUCCCAGAUGUCAGAGAAUAAUUUGUAAUUUGUAUCACCAAUGAAUAUUAGGAUCACCGGUUGUUCUUAAAGUUGCUAAAUAUUAAAUUACAAAGGGCCCGUUUUUUUUUAUAUAAAACUUGGUGAACUAACAGAUUUGCAUUAACAGUAAAAGCUAUUGAAAUCUUUCUAUCUGAUUGCCUUAUAGUAAUUGUUUAUAGAAACUGAUCAUUAUUUAAUAAUGAAAUACGUCUUCAUGAAACAAGACUCUGGGAAUCUGUCAAGUAGCAAGAAAAUCACAUGAGGUAUGGUCAUAUCAUCACAGACUUUUGGACAGCAUCAAGAUAUGCAUGCCAGUUAACCACCAUUUCUCAUUUCCCCUUCAAAUUCUUCAUAGGCCAAUAUAAACUGGUUUCCAAAAGAAACUGAUCAAACUUUACAAGUGCACUGCACAAAUUGCACUCUGUCAAAAUG